AAUGGGGGUUGCUGCAAAGUGUUUAAUUAAUCAAAAUGUGGUUGCAAAGCUGCUGCAAAGUGUUGGGAGCUGCAAGCUGAACAGGCGUGCUCUAGUGCAGCACGUAAUGAUACCAAGCAGGCGUGUGGUGGCUGGCGGAGCGGCAGCUGACAAUGGAACAGACAGAGUAGCGGCAGCUGACAAAGGGAUUGAGCCAAGAUACUCCCACAGCUGCUGAUGAAUUGGGCCAAGACUUUUACAAAACUAUACUGUGAUUGUCGCGGAAAGCAACCACGAAGCGGAUCGGACCUAAGAACCAAAGAAGAGAUUUGACGGAGCAGAGCGGCGGCGGCGGCGGAAGAAAGAGGAAGGAUUCCAGGGAUGUCGGUCACUUCACUCCAGCAUUUAGGGAUGUAGGCCACCUUUGUCGAUCCAACAUGGACUGUUUUGGAGAAUAUGCUAAACCAAUUUUUGCUUGCUCCAAAUAGCAAUUUGAUCUGGACCAACUAUUCCUAUUAUUGGUGAGGGUGAUGAUGAAGCAAAUGAUCGGUAUGUGGAGCAAUUGGUUGCAAGUGCAGAGGCUGCUGUGGAGGAAGUCAUUCGACGUGGAGUGGCCCAUCUAAAGAAAAUUGCUGUUGGGGGACACUCAUAUGGGGCAUUCAUGACUGCAAACCUACUGGCACAUGCUCCUCAUCUUUUUGCUUGUGGAAUUGCUCGUUCUGGUGCUUACAACAGAACACUUACUCCUUUCGGUUUUCAUAAUGAGGAAAGAACUCUUUGGGAGGCUACUAGUACUUAUGUGGAGAUGAGUCCUUUCAUGUCAGCUAAUAAAAUUAAGAAGCCAAUCUUGGUUAUCCAUGGAGAGGAAGACAAUAAUCAAGGGACUUUAACCAUGCAGUCCGAUCGUUUCUUUAAUGCUCUGAAAGGUAAUGGUGCUCUUUGCCGCCUUGUGAUUCUUCCCUUUGAGAGCCAUGGCUAUGCUGCAAGAGAGAGUAUCAUGCAUGUGCUAUGGGAAACUGACAGGUGGUUGCAAAAAUAUUGUGUGUCAGAGACUUCUGAUGUAAAUGUUGAUCAAGAUGCAUGUAAAGACAAUAUAGGCAGAGGAUCUACAAAUUCUGAAAGCAAAGCAGUGGCUACUGGCGGAGGCAGUGGCUCAGAAGUGUCAAAUUCUGAGCAUGAAGUAGUUGACUCUUUGCCGAGGUCAUUGUUAUGAAUACAUUGCUGCUCUUGGCUGCUGAGGAAUAUAAGUUCGUUCGCAGAUCAUUGUGGUGUACAAACUAUUUCAGAAAAGCAUGAUGCUCACUCCUGUGAAAGCGCAAUAGCAAUAUGCUUCCUCAGGUGCAAUUUUUAUUUGUACUAGUGGUGUACUAUUCAAAAUUGUAACCCAAAUUUAUUUCCCUCCAGUAUGCUUUCUGCACCAUAAUAUUUAAAAUGGUGAAUGGUCAAUCAGCUUGGGGGAGGAAGUUGGGGUGAGGGGAGAUUAGGACCAAGACAUUCUAUCUGUUGGAGUAAAAUAUUUGUUUAUUA